AUGGGAUUUGGAAAACAAAAGGUAUCCUCAUCAGGAACACCUCUACCAAGAGAAGACACACCUCUCAUAGCCAAAUCUGAGCCUUUAUCCUCUCAAUCCAAGACUUUUGCAAAUGUUUUCAUUGCUGUUGUCGGUGCUGGUGUUCUUGGUCUCCCUUAUGCUUUUAAACGCACAGGUUGGGUAAUGAGUCUUAUAAUGUUGUUCUCUGUUGCUGGUUUAACUCAUUAUUGUAUGAUGUUGUUAGUCAACACUCGUAGAAAGCUUCAAUCUUUGUCUGGUGAAUGCUCAAAGAUCAACUCUUUUGGUGAUCUGGGUUUCACUGUUUGUGGUUCUAUUGGGAGGUUUGUUGUUGAUGUUAUGAUUGUCUUGUCUCAAUCUGGAUUUUGUAUUGGUUAUUUGAUAUUUAUCGGUAAUACUAUGGCUAAUCUCUUCAAUUCAUCAUCACCCAGCUUGGCUUCUCAACUUAUGGCCUUUUCUGUAUCAGCUAAGAGUUGGUAUAUAUGGGGUUGUUUUCCUUUUCAAUUGGGGUUAAGUUCUAUUGCAACGUUGACGCAUUUGGCUCCUUUAAGCAUUUUUGCUGAUGUUGUUGAUCUCGCUGCCAUGGGGGUGGUGAUUGUUAAGGAUGUUUUUAUUAUGAUGGAAAAUAGGCCAGAAGUUAGAGCUUUUGGAGGUUUGUCUGUGUUUUUCUAUGGGAUGGGUGUCGCCGUUUAUGCAUUUGAAGGGAUUGGUAUGGUUUUGCCAUUAGAAUCUGAAAUGAAAGAGAGGGAAAAGUUUGGGAGAACCUUAGGAUUCGGCAUGGGGCUUAUUUCAAUGAUAUAUGGAGCUUUUGGUGUGUUGGGUUACUUUGCUUUUGGAAAUGAUACACAGGAUAUUAUCACUGCUAAUUUAGGGCCUGGGAUCAUUAGCCUCUUGGUUCAAUUGGGUCUUUGUAUUAAUCUGUUCUUCACAUUUCCUUUGAUGAUGAACCCUGUUUACGAGAUAGUGGAGAGAAGGUUUUGGGGUGGCAGGUAUUGUUUGUGGCUUAGAUGGCUGUUGGUUUUGUUGGUUACUUUGGUGGCUUUAAUGGUGCCCAAUUUUGCCGAUUUCUUGUCCUUGGUGGGGAGUAGUGUAUGCUGUGGAUUGGGAUUUGUUUUGCCAGCUUUGUUUCACUUGCUUGUGUUCAAGCAAGAAAUGAGUUGGAAGGGAUGGACUAUUGACGUGGUGAUUGUAACCUUAGGCUUUGUUCUUGCGGUUUCAGGAACUUGGUAUGCUCUCGUGGAGAUCUUUGCUGUCAAAAAAAUUGUUGAAAAGGGAAAGAAGAAUGAGCUUCAUGGUGACUUAGAUGAAGUCCUCGGUACUGCAGUUGCUCAUUAUGUGAUGUUCUUGUAUACCUUUGGUUAUAAUGGAGGAUUUAUCAACCUCUCUUGA